AUCGGGCCGCGCCUUUGGAGCCGGGUGAGUGACCUCUUUCUCCGCCCUCCUGGCACUCAGCUCGGGGAGCUGCACCCCCGCUGCCCGGGGGCGCCUACACGCGCAGAUGGUUUUUUGGUACAAGAAGGAAAUUUUGAACAAGCAGAAAAACCUGAAGCUGAUGGACGUUGUAUGGGCCACAGGCAGGGAUGGUGGGCUAUGACCCCAGAGCAGACGGCAGGAAUGUCUCCAAUCUUGAGGUGGCCGUGGCUGGGUCUGUGUCUGGACUUGUCACUCGGGUGCUGAUCAGCCCCUUGGAUGUCAUCAAGAUCCGUUUCCAGCUUCAGAUUGAGCGCCUUUCUCGCAGUGACCCCAACGCGAAAUACCACGGGAUCCUGCAGGCUGGGAGACAGAUUUUGCAAGAGGAGGGCCCAACAGCAUUCUGGAAAGGACACAUCCCAGCCCAGCUUCUCUCCAUAGGCUAUGGAGCUGUCCAAUUUUUGUCGUUUGAAGUGCUCACCGAGCUGGUGCACAGGGCCAGCGUGCGCGACGCCCGAGACUUCUCCGUGCAUUUUGUGUGUGGCGGCCUGUCUGCCUGUGUGGCCACCCUCGCCGUACAUCCUGUGGACGUGCUACGCACCCGCUUUGCAGCGCAGGGUGAGCCCAGGGUCUAUAAAACCCUGCGAAACGCCGUGGUGACCAUGUACAGGACCGAAGGCCCCUUGGUCUUCUACAAAGGCUUGAACCCCACCUUGAUCGCCAUCUUCCCCUACGCUGGGUUCCAGUUCUCCUUCUACAGCUCCUUGAAGCACGCGUAUGAGUGGGCCAUGCCAGCCGAAGGAAAGAAAAACGGAAACUUCAAAAACCUGCUUUGUGGCAGUGGAGCUGGAGUCAUCAGCAAGACCCUCACGUAUCCCCUGGACCUCUUCAAGAAGCGGCUUCAGGUUGGAGGGUUUGAGCAGGCCCGAGCCUCCUUUGGCCAGGUGCGAAGCUACAAGGGCCUCCUGGAUUGCGCCAGGCAGGUGCUGCGAGAGGAGGGUGCACAGGGCUGCUUCAAAGGCCUGGCCCCCAGCCUGCUGAAGGCUGCCCUCUCCACCGGCUUUGUGUUCUUCUGGUACGAGCUCUUCUGUAACCUCUUCCACCACGUGAAGAAGGCAGACAGCUAGCCUCGAGGGCAGGAAGGGUGGCCUGAGUCCUUCCCUGGAGGGGCCCUCGUGAAGAACGCUUGGUCUACCAUCCCGUGUUGCACUGAGAGGUGUUGCCCAGCCCCUCCCUCCAGGCCAGCUGUCCUGGGCAUGAAGAGCCGUCGGCAGCAGCCUGGAUUCCACCAGAAGGGCAAAGGGGGUUCUCCACGGGAGAGCACGGGGCGAACGCAGGACUUGGUCUGCGGGGACCCAGCCCCGCCAGUCAGAAGGGGCUGGGCGUUCUCCUCUGUGUGGCGCACACUCAGGACAACAGCUGCCCUCUGGCACGCCUUCGCUCCGGCUGCCCAGAGAACUCUCCUGCGUCUGGGUGGGCCGCAGCUUGAGUGUGAGGCUGGGGUCAGGGGUCUGGUCCCCACACCUGGCUUCUUACUCCCGCCAAUUAUUUAAUAGGCAUUAAAACUAAAAACACAUUC